AUGAACUACUCUCCUACUUCUCUCACCUCCGACCAAGAACUCUCCGUCAUCGUCGCCGCUCUAACCAACGUCGUCUCCGGCUCCACCUCCACCUCCACCGCUAAUUCAAUACCUGAAUUUCGCAAUCCCGAUCCCUCCGUCGGAAGUACUAGCAGCUUAGAUAAAAUAGUUCCAUCGGCAACCAUGGAAACCUGCCGUGAAUGCAACAUAGCAGGAUGUUUAGGAUGCAAUUUCUUCCCGGAGGAGAACAAGAAAAAACAAAAGAGAGCUAAGAAGAAGUACAGAGGAGUGAGACAGAGACCAUGGGGAAAAUGGGCUGCUGAGAUUCGCGACCCGAGACGCGCCGCACGUGUUUGGCUCGGAACUUUCACCACGGCGGAGGAAGCUGCUAGAGCUUACGACAAUGCCGCCAUCGAGUUCCGAGGACCCAGAGCCAAGCUCAAUUUUCCAUUAGUCGAUGAAUCGCUUACAAAGCAAGCGGAGGAGCCAGAAGUGGUUGUUCCCAGUACAGAGAAUGUCAAGGAUGUCAAGGAUGAGAAUUUGAAUCAAGAAAUGCAAAUGGAUUGUGAUUUUUGGGAUAGGAUUGGGGAAGCUGAUUUUCAGCAGCUUAUGAGGUUUAUGGAUUUUGGCGGAGAUUCUUCUGAUUCAAGAACAGGAAGCACUUUUUAG